AUGGACGCCAUGAUGCCGACCAUGAGCGAUGAGGUCCUGCUUUCUCGGAUGGAGAAAGGGAUUAACAACCCAUUGCUUCCGGCAGGCGGCGGCGCCGGCAGGGAAGAUGAGGCCUUCACCAUUGUGCGCCUGCCGUCCCACAUCCACGAGACCAACAAGGGCCUCUACGAGCCGCGCCUCGUCUCCAUCGGCCCUUACCAUUCCUCCAGAGCCAGCACCCGCGCCAUGCAGGUCCACAAGUGGCGCUUCCUCCGCGACUUCUUGCUCCGGGGGGACCACCACCGCGACGGCGCUGAAGGCCGCCGCCUCGCGCGGCUCGCCGUCUACAUCCGGGAGGUUCGCAAGGUGGAGGCGCGUGCGCGGCGCUGCUACGGCGAGCCCCUGGAUCAGCUCGGGAGCGACGACUUCGUACAGAUGUUGGUGCUCGACGGGUGCUUCAUCCUGGAGUUCAUGCUCAAGUACGACGCAGCGGUGCUCGACGCGUACAUGCAGUGGGUAUGGAUUUACAUCUACUACGACCUGCUUCUCGUGGAAAACCAGCUGCCAUUCUUCGUCCUCGCCAAGCUGUUCAGCCUUUCCAUGGGGACCGUCGACGCUGCUGUGGAUCGGCGGCGGCUUCUUCGUCUCAUCUUCAAGUUCUUCUCCCUGCACGAUCCUCCGGGCCAGGAUCCGGCUCCGGGCCAGUUCACCGUUAUCUACCACCUCCUCCAUCUCCAGCACCAGAGGAUGGUCAUGCCCCCGGAGCGGCCGAAGCUUGGCCAGAGCGCACAGCUAACGAGGCAGAUGAGCGCGACCCUCUCCCGCAUCUUCUCGUCCAUACGCGCCCGGAUGGUCGGGAUGGCCACCACGACGCCGCUGGCGAUCCCUUGUGCAACCGCGCUGAUGGAGCUCGGCGUCACGUUCAGGGAGAAUGCCUCGCCGGCGGGCCAGUUCGACGUGACGUUCCAGGACGGCACGAUAGUCAUCCCGCGCCAGGCCAUCAACGCCGGCACGAGGAUCCUUAUGGCGAACGUGUUUGCGCUGGAGCAGACCAAGAACUGGAAGGAGGGCGUCGUCACAGGAUACGUCGUGCUGAUGAACGCGCUGGUUAGCACGGCCGCCGAUGUCGCUCUGCUCCGGCGCCACGGCAUCUUCGACAACAUGCUCUCCAGCGACGACGACGCGGCGGCGUUCUUCAACCGGCUCGGCGACUGCGCACUCUUCGACCCCAAGACGCACCGCUACGCGCGGCUGUUUAAGGACACAAAUGAAUACUGCGAUUCCCGCUGGAACCGAUACGUCGGCUUGUUCAAACGCGACCACCUCCGGUCACCGUGCUCCAUCAUCAACCUCCUCGUGGCAGCGAUGUUGCUCGGCGUUUCGGUUUUGUCGGCCGGUUACACCAUCUGCCGUUAUCGACACGGUUGCUCCUGA